GACUAAAAUUUAAACCACAAUCGCAAGCAAAUAGCGAUUAUCGAAAUGUAUCGAAGUAUCGAUUGUCGAUCUUUCCCGAAUAUCCUUUUCCGAAGCAUAGCCACGGGCCAAUGAGCUUAUACAUAUUUGAAAUCUGUAUGUACAUUGGCUGCCGCAUCUUUUUCGACACAUCGAAAUUAAACAUUGAACUUUGGUUAAUCGAACAACAAAAACAUAACCUAUAGCAAAUGGCGUCCUUUUUGAUCAAAUUAUUUUCUUCAGCUAUUUAAUUAGCUUUUCACUGCCAGUGUUUGAAAUUUCCUACAGUUCCAACAUGGACGAAGUUUUAGAUGAAUCGAUUGUCAAGACAAAAUACGAAUCGAGAGAGAUACCGGGCUAUCUGGAUGAUUUCCCAGCUGGUGUUGGUUAUUUUCAACUAUUGGCUGCUCUGUGUACUGGCUUGAGUCUUGCAGCAGAUACUGUUGAAUUUUUUGUUGUACCAUACAUUUUGCCAAGUGCAGAGGUUGAACUGUGCAUCGAGGACAAUGAAAAAGGAUGGCUCAGCAAUAUUACUUUAAUGGGCCUUGCACUAGGAGGAUUGUUUUGGGGUGGCUUAGGAGACAGGAUUGGUAGACGCAGAUCUUUAUUGUCUGCAAUGUCUGUUCAUGCUUUAUUUAGUGGUGUAGCUACUUUCAUGCCAACGUACGGAACAUUCAUGUGUGCUAGAUUUUGUUCUGCAAUUGGAGUAGGAGGAUCUUUACCAUUAGCAUUUGCGUAUCUCGCAGAAUGUUGUCCAAGAUUAAGCAGGAGCAGAUGGAUUGGUUUAUUAGUAGCAGCAGGAGCACUAGGAGGUGUAUAUGCGGCGCUUCUAGCAUGGGUGGUGGUUCCUACAACUGGAGAGAUGGUGGUCCUUGAAAACAAAGAACAUUUCAGUGCUUGGCACCGCUUCCUUUUACUUUGUUGGUUACCUGCAUUAUGCUCUACUGUUGGACUUAUUUUUCUACCAGAAAGUCCAAGAUAUUUGGUAGAGGCAGGCAGGGAUGUAGAAGCAAUGAUGGUUUAUCAGAAAAUAUACAAAAAGAAUAACACACGGAAAGGUGCAACAGGUGCACAAUAUCAACUUUCUGAAUUAGAGCUUCCAACCAAAAGGCCUCGUGGUUUGGCACCUCCAUCUCCUACUAAUCAUACUAGUGUUUUGGCUGAUAUUAUUUAUUCUAUUGAAAUGAUUAUAUGGUCUUAUGGUGUGGUGUCCCGAGUAUCUCAAACUCUUACGUGCUACGGAAUAUAAAGCUCAUACUAAAUUGAUUUCCGGACAAGAAUACAAUGGGCAAACAUUCAACGGUUCUUUGGAAAAUUGUCAAUAUAAGGAUUCGACCUUUUUAAACUGCAAAUUCACUAAAAUGGUAUUCAGUCACGUAGAUUUCGAUAAUUGUACUUUUCGAUCUGUAGAAUUCAGUAACAUAAAGUCUAGUAAAACUCAUUUUACAGAUAGUGUUAUUAUGCAUUCGAAAUUUGUAGAUACAGAUCUAUCCGCACAAGUCUUCACAAGAUGUAAGUUGCAAAAUAAUACAGAGUUAAGUUUAAGCGGACCGUGCCCGACUCUCGAUUUGGAUUAUAAUAUUUACAUAGAAGAAGCAUUACAUGGUCAUCUUGUUGCUCAAUUGGCAUUUGUGCCUGCUGCUGCUUUAGCAGGAUUAGCACUCGCCGUGCUGCAACGGCCAAAAGUGAUUGGUAUUUCAUUGUUUCUCUCGUCAAUAACUGCUCUGUGUUUAAUUCUGGUGGAUACAAAUAGUUCUGCCGUACUUGGCUUCGAAGGUGGUUUUAUAGCAGUUUUUGCUAUUGCUUGGACGUCUCUUACCUUGGUUACAGUUGAGAGCUUCCCUACUCAUUUAAGGUUAUGUGGUUUAAUAGGAACUACAACUUACAAAACCUUAGUUGGCGCACCUCUAGUUGCGCCUGCACUGUUAACUGCAUUACCCUUGUUACUAGCUAGUGUUGCAACAUUCAAAUUGCCUCAUACGCAUACAGUUUUCUUGUAA